AUGUUCCACCGCGAGGAGGAGCUGCGCCUCACCGCCGUCCACGGCUUUUUACUGCUGCUACACGGCACCGCCGACGCCGACCGCGCCGCCGACGGCGCGCUCCAGUUCCAGCUCGAGCUGCUCGGCUUCAUCCGCCGGGUCGCCUGGCCCUUGCCCCACCACCACCUCGCCUCGAUCCGCUCGGUGCUCUACGGCGGCCUCGUCGCCGCCUUCGAGCAGCAGCCGCCCCUGCGCGACCUCGUCGCCGAGCUCCUCGCCUCGCAGCUGCGAACCUACCUCGCCUCCGACCCGGCCGACGCCCCGCCGGACGAGCUUGACGGCGCGGAGGCGGAGGCGCCGCUGGACCUGCGCGCGUGCCUCCACGCCACCACCAGCGCCGCCGGCGACGACGUCGUCGUGAUUCUCGAGCCGCUCCCGGACCUGAUCCGCGCCGUGACGCGGUGUGCGCACGCCUCGGACGGCACGGCGGCACCGAGCGGCGCGAUGCGCACCCUCGGCGGCAUGGUGGGCCAGAUGGUGGCCGGUUUCUGCCGCUGCUCUCUGCGCUCGCUUGGGCUAUCGGACAAGGUCGAGCUCUCGCAGGCCAGCGCGCACUCGGCGAUGACACUCGCGACGGCGGGGAUGCUCGAGCGCGUGCUGGAGGCGCUCAUCGAGUGGACCGUCCUCUGCCCCGCGCACGUCUCGGCGGGCGGCGCGACGCAAGAAGGCGAAGAGGCGGCCGCCGUCACAUCGCCGGGCCCCUCGCAGCUCACCGCCUCCUCCAAGCUGUUGCCCGAGAGCGCGCGCGUGCUGUACAAGCUGCUGGUCGACGUGCAGGCGCGGCUCAAGGAGGGGAGGCCGGCCACCAAGGCCAAGGGCCGGAAGGCGGUGUCGAUUCCGAAGUUCGGCGCCUACGGCCUCUCGCUCGCCGCCUGCGAGGCGGUGCUCGGCUCCAUCGCCUCGGACCAGGCUGUCCAGUCCUCGGGACGCGCCUCGCACUUUGUGCGGCACGUGUUGCGCGCGUGCGAGGCGCAGGCGCGCCGCAUCGCCGCCGACGCGGCCGCCGCCAUCCGCGCCGGCCUGCUGCAGCCGAGCGAGGCCAACAGCCGCGAGGUCGCCUCCCACGACGCUCCCCGCACUCUGUCUGCAGGCCAGCUGCAGCUGAGCGAGGCGCACUUGCGCGACCUGCGCUCCGCGCAGACCGGCAAGGAGGCGCCGUCGGGCCGGCUGGGCAACAACCCGCUCACGGGCGAGAAGGAGGCGGAGGCGGCCACGGCCAUCGCGGCGCAGCUCUGCGCCGUCCUCCCCGCCAGCCGCCUCAAGAAGCCCCUGGCCUGGUCGGCGGCGGCGCACCUGUCGACGGCGGUGCGCAAGGCGUUCCUCGCCACACACCUCCGCCUCGAGCGCGCGAGCGGCACGCACCGCGCCGGCAGCCUCUCCGUCGCCAAGGAGACGAAGAGCGAGGGCGGUGAGUGGCUACGCGAGCGGCCCGAGAAGCUCGAGAUGCUCGAGGAGGGGAGCGCCAACAGCGUCGAGCUGGGCGAGCUCUCGCAGGCGUACGCGCACCUGUCCCGCGUCGGCGAGGCCGCGCGCCGGCCGGAGGCCGACGACAAGGAGGCCGAGCGCGCCGCCGACGCGCUCGAGCGCGCGCUCUGCGACCGGUACACGCAGGUGGUGUCGGUGCUGCGCCUGCUGCUCAAGUCUCAGAUCGAGGGCAGCCCGGCGCAGGGCCUGCUGAAGCUGGCGGGAGGCGCGGACGCGUCUCUUCACGCGCGCACGCGCUCCGAGUAG